AAAUAAUAUACCAAUUACACUGGUUAAGCCUAGAUUUUUCGUCUAGUUAAAUAUGAGAAUAUAUGUAAUGGCAUGGUAUAUUUGUGUGGUGUAGAGGUAUGAAUGUUAUGGUAAGGGCCAUGAGCAAUUUGAAGGUUUCAAGCUAAUUUUUAAAAUGUGUACUAUACAACACGUAAUCUUACCUAAAAAAUGGGUGUAGAUCGGGACACUAAAGAUUUCAAAAUAUCGCAGUCCGCUCAGCCCCUAAUAAGAAAUUAUCUCGACUUUCAUGAUGGCAAUUCCGACCCAAAUUCAGAUGAUCGCAAUUCCCUCAGCACAACCAAUUUCUCACAUGAAUCCAGUCAAAUGAACAGCUCCAAUUUGUCAAACGGGGCCAACCCAUCAAACGAAUCUUGUGAAAUGAUCAGAUCUACUGAAUUUAAUGGCCCGAAUUCCGUUAACAGCCCUGGUCCCCCUAAAUAUGACCCACCAGGACCUAAAAAACAGGACAACUCAUCCAAUUCCACCAGUGAAAGGCUGAAUAGUUCAUCUUAUUCCUCCAUGGGAAAGGUCAAUACUACAUCUAACUCAGUUUUGGAAUCUACACCAAAUCACAGUUCCGAAACCCCAAUUAACGGUUCAUAUAAGCGUAAACUGGGCAUGAGUGACUUUGAAAUGUGGCGUUAUACGUACCAUUUGGUGAAAAACGGCCACAGCAUCCUGGCGCCUGAGCCCUCACAACGCAGUCGCAGUUAUCGGGACCUGAUUAUGCAGGAAAUGAACUGGAUGGCAGUAGACUAUUACCAAGAACGACGCUGGAAAUCGCACAUUGCCAAAGAAAUCUCAAAUUCAAUCACUACUAGCAUUAUUGAUCGUAAACGGCUUAAAAGAGACUGGCCUGCCAAGAUUUGCUCGUACAAUAUUGAACAGUUUUGGAUUAAUAUUAAACUCGUUACUAAUGGCACUAUUAAUACUAUCAGCCGCCACAAAUCCGUUAAAGUGCAUGGCAAACAUCGCCACUCUCACCACUCAGUUAACAAUGUUAACGGAGAUAAUGGAAAUUCUAUAAAGUCUUCUAGUUCUUCCAAUGGUAGCUCUGAAGGCUCAGUUAACGGUAAUGGCAGGGAAGUAGGGAUAGUAUUAUCAAGCAGCUUGAUGGAUUAUUGUACCAGAAUAGUGGCAGGAAGGAGAAUAGAUUUUAGAAAGCAAGACAUAGUUGAAGAUGUUCCCAGGAGGAGAAGUGAAUUAUUGGCACUUACAGUUCCUGUGUAUAAAAACGUAAACACUAACUCAGUUAACAUUGCUAAGAAAGAAGUGGUUGACGCAACUGUGAAUCAGAUGGUAGUUUUAGGUGCAGAACUUUACCCGCAAUUACACAGACCACCAGAUGAUGAAAUUGACGUUUUCACACUCCCAGCACUAAAUCCUAAACAUGAAUAUGACUACAACACCCUCCUGUUGUUGCUACACUCAUUAAAGGCAACAAUGUUCGCAAGUGUUAGGGAUAGCGCAGUUGGUUUACCGAAACCGGCAACCACAACGACUACUGCACCAACGGGUUUGAGUAGUUUAUUACCGAUACGACGUAUUCCGAGGGACGAAAUUGAUCCUUUAUCCCUUAGUGUGAACUACAGAGAUUUCAUAGAUAACUCAUCAGUCCAGUCACCACACCCCCAGAAACUUGUACUAAAGUGGGAAGAACCAACACUUAACGAGGCUGACUUUGAACUUGUUGAUACGUGGUUGCUUGAGUCCAGAUGUUGGCCUUUAAUUUCAAUAGCUUUAAAUUUAAGAAGUAGUUCUGGAGGACUUUUGAGACGUGAAUUUAGUCCAAAAGCCUGUAAGGAGGCGUUUUACAGAAUGUCAAAACCACCAAGAGGUCUUGUAAACUCAUCUAAAAAAAUACUCUCACCCAAACAGUCGAAAACUAUACUCAGUUUCAUUAACCCUCCACCUAAAACCUUUAAAUUCACACCCAUAAUAUCAUCUGACCGUAUGACUUCACCUAGAACUGGCCCACCAACAAGUCAACCCAGUACAUCGUCUGAAACUGGAAUAAAGAAUGUAUUUGGAGAAGUUUGUAGUUAUUUAAGGGACAAGAGUUCUCUGUAUACUUGUUCAACCCCGUUGCUAAGUAAGAAAGAGUCGUUUUUCUCACGAUUCAAAUCUCCAGACCCAAAACCCGAUAAGAGACUACUCUUAAAACUUGUUAAUAAAGUUGACUCUAAUGUACAUAAAAAUGAUCUUUUUUUGGUCCCACACAACGUUAAAGUUGAAGCUUCCUUAUCACUUAACCCUCAUAACCAUAUUUUCCCUCAAGAAUUACUAAACUUCAUCCUGUCAAAUGUGCAAACACAAGGUGAUGAUAAUGUGGAGCAGAGUCUUGAUGUCACAAGUAAGACUAGGUAUUUAUUGUGUGGAAAUGAUAAAUAUGGAGCCACUCACAGGUUUAGUUCACUGAAUUCAGCCGUGACUUUGGCGACUAGUGUGAGUAGUUACGACAAUGUGGUCCGUAAUUUCGCAUAUUCAGAGCUUUCAACCAGGAUUAACAAACAGCUUAGGAUAGGUUUUCUCGGCAUCCCAACUAAGAUGUUCCUAUAUUCUCUCUUCUAUUGUGGUAGGAUUAAACCUGACUACAGGGUUAGGAGAGUCGCUUUAUCAAUUGCCACAUUGGGCAAAUUCAUACCACCGCCUCACUUAUUGUAUGGGAAAAUGUUCGACCCUGACAUUAACCUGAUACUUACAAAGUCAAGACCCUCAAGUUAUGAAAAGCAAAGAUCAAAGUCAGUUGAAAACCAGGAAGCUUUUACCUCAGAACUCGUUCAGAAUUAUUCCAAGGAGAUUUACUUGUCAACUAACACAAAACCUGACGAAAACAAUGUGCCAACAUUACUGGCAUCUUUUACUCAGGUUUCAUUAUCUAAAGGCAAGGUUUGUAAUCAGAGCUCGUUUUCACCCAAAAAAAUCGUCAGAAAACCCACUCAAUACAUCACUAUGGGCAACGCCAGCAACGCAAGCUCAACUCCAACAGAACGCAAGAGACACGUAGGAUCGAUGGAUACCACACCAAGACAAAAGGCUAGACAAUUGGCAGAGGUCUCAACACCCUCAGAAACAACCUCAAUGUACAGAACUAGACAAGAAGUCAUGAUGAGACGACAAAUGCCUCAACCUCAUAUGCAACACUAUCAUCCCUAUUCUGUACCUAUGGUAUAUCCAAUGAACUCCGUCAACUCUAUGCAAAACAUGAAUAUGAACAUGAACACUAUGGGCAAUGUAAAUAAUAUGAGCAAUGUUAAUAUGUCUAAUGUAAACAAUAUGGGAAAUGUAAACAAUGUAAAUUCAAUGAGUAAUGUAAAUAAUUUGAAUAACAUGGGUAAUAUGAAUACGAUGAGUGGAAUGGGCAUGAUGGGAUCCCAUCAUAUGAAUUCUCCUCUGGAACAGCCGCUGGGAAUGAACUCAAUGCCGAAUAUGAACUCUAUGGCAAAUAUGGGAGCGAUGGGCAAUAUGAACCCAAUGGGAAAUAUGAACCACAAAAUGUAUAAUUUGCAAAACACGCAAAUGCAACACUUUCAAGACGAUAAUUAUCACUUUAGAUAUGAUCAAAGACCUAAUAACCACCCCUAAUAAACUACACUACACAUGUUGGUAGAAUGUAGAAUACUUGAGAAUUACUAUACACAGUAUAACACACUAUAAUAAAUACUCCUUAGUAAUACUGCUAUACUAUAUACAGUACUAUACUAUAAUGUAU